AUGUUGCAAUUUCGUGCGGAAAACGUUGAAGAAGCACUACAACGUCUGCUGAUCUCGUCACCCAGCACAAUGGAGCAAUUUAUGCACGUGUUAACCAAGCUUGAACAGACGACUGAAGAGCUGGAUAAGACUUCGGUGUUGAUUAUUGACUCUAUCGCAACGUUCUUCCGUGGCAGUCGUCAUAAGGACGACUUUCAGAAUUGGCGGCGGGUGCUCACAAUUUUAUGCAAUGUGGCCCUUCGUCAUGAUAUUGCGGUAGUCUAUGUGAAUCAUGUAGCUUCUCGAAAAGAUCCAGCUUCCGAAGAAUGGGCCACAUCACCGUUUCUAUCUCGUGUUCUGGCGCGACGUCCAACUAUUAGAAUUUGGCUCGAGCGAACUUCUCAUAAAUCGAACACAUCAAGGCGCAUCACUCUGAUAAAAUCUCCGUUCUCUCCUGAACUUUCAGCGGAGUUCUUCAUCGCG